AUGUCGAGCAACAAGGAAGAACCGCAAGACCAGCAACAACAGCACAUCCCCACAGAGUCGAAAGAUAAAGAGGAAGAAAAGGACUCGGGGUCAGGCGGCCUGUUGUCCAUGAUUGGAGAUCCUGCCGGCAAAGUCCUCGGCACAGCCCUCCGUCCCAUCGGCGCGCCCCUUGAAAAAGGCGUCACAGGUCCUCUCGGCAAUGCGGUGGGCGGCACAACGCGCAGUGCGCUGGGUCCAUUGAUGGGCACGGAAGAGGAGAAGAGCGAGUUGUUGGGCGGCAAGAACAAGGAUAGCUAUGAAUCCAAGCCCGAGAAGAUUGGCGGAAAGGAGCAGACUGGGGAUAACCCAUUGGGUCUGGAUCAGACGGGUCGAUGGGGAUUCCAGGACGAAUCAAAGGGUCCUUUUGGUUAA